AUGAUCAAGACAAACUUGACUGUCAUUUCAUAUUUUAUUGUCCUGGGAUUUACUCAGUACCCCAAAGUGGAAAUCACUGUAUUUGUGCUGUGCUUGCUGAUGUACUUAAUCACCUUGCUGGGUAAUAUGAUUCUGAUCUCCAUCACCAUCCUGGAUUCCCGCCUACACACACCCAUGUACUUCUUCCUCAGCAACCUCUCCAUUCUGGACAUCUGGUACACCUCUUCUGCACUCACUCCAAUGCUGGCCAACUUUGUUUCAGGGAAAGACACCAUCUCAUUCUCAGGAUGUGCCGCUCAGAUGUACUUCUCUCUUGCUGUGGGCUCCACUGAGUGUGUGCUCCUGUCCAUGAUGGCAUAUGACCGGUAUGUGGCCAUCUGCAACCCCCUGAGAUACCCCAUCAUCAUGAACAAGAGGAUUUGUGUGCAGAUUGCAGCUGGCUCCUGGGUGACAGGCUGCCUCACUGCCUUUGUGGAAACAGUGUCUGUGCUACAGCUGCCUCUUUGUGGAAAUAGUGUCAUCAAUCAUUUCGCUUGUGAAAUUCUGGCUGUCUUGAAACUAGUAUGUGCAGACACUUCCAAGGUGCAGUUAAUCAUGCUGGUGAUCAGCAUACUUCUUCUUCCUAUGCCGAUGCUCCUCAUUUGUAUCUCUUAUGCAUUUAUCCUCUCCAACAUCCUAAGAAUCAGCUCAGCAGAUGGUCGAGGAAAAGCCUUUUCAACAUGUGCAGCCCACCUGACUGUGGUGAUUUUGUUCUAUGGGACAGCUCUCUCCAUGUACCUGAAGCCCUCAGCUGUGGAUUCACAGGAAAUUGAUAAAUUUAUGGCAUUGGUGUAUGGUGCAUUAACCCCCAUGUUGAAUCCUAUCAUUUAUAGUCUACGUAACAAAGAGGUGAAAGCAGCUGUGAAGAAAGUACUGAUUAGGCAACUUCUUUGUGCUCUUUUCAGCCCUAAUAGCAAAUAA